GUUUUCAGAAGUGAAACGUUGCAGCGGUUUCAAGAGUCCUCCUCCCCCUUUCACCAACUCUUCCUUGCAUAGAACAGUCGGUUGCACGCAGUGUCGCCUCUGUAACGAUGCGCCACGUCUCCACGCUGUUCCUGGCCGGUCUGGCCGCACUUGCUUCGGCCUCCACCACCUGUAGUGCCGACAACAAGUGCCCCGAGAGCGCACCCUGCUGCUAUAGCGGAGUAUGUGGUGUCGGAACCUCAUGUCUGGGCACCUGCGACCCCCUGAUGUCGUACUCGCUCGACUCGUGCACGCCGGAGCCCAUCUGCAAGAACCAGACCUACAGCUGGAGCAACCUCGACGACACGGUGGCGUACGACCAGUACCUCGGAAACUCGUCGCAGUACGAAUGGAGCUGGAGCGGAUACCCCAAGGUCGAGAACGGCAGUCUGAUGCUCACGAUGCCCAACCAGACGACGGGCAGUCUGAUGACGCUGAAUCACUACAUCUGGUACGGCAAGGUGUCAGCCAAGAUCAAGAGCAGUCGCGGCGGGGGGGUCAUCACCGGGUUUAUCCUCAUGUCCGACGUGAAGGACGAGAUCGACUUCGAGUUUGUGGGGUACAACCUGUCGAGUGUGCAGACCGACUUCUACUUCCAGGGCGUUGAGAACUACACCAACGAGGUCAACGCCGCCGUCUCCACCGGCAACACCUACAACACCUGGCACACGUACACGAUCGACUGGACGCCGGAGCAGCUGGAGUGGCAGGUGGACGGGGUGACGAUGCGCACGCUGACCAAGAACUCGACGUACAACGCCACCUCCGGGAUCUACAUGUACCCGCAGACGCCGUCGCGGCUGCAGAUGUCGCUGUGGCCCAGCGGGCUGAGCAGCGAGGGCGAGGGGACGAUCGAGUGGGGCGGUGGCCUGGUGGACUGGAACAGCGCCGACAUGGAGGAGUACGGCUACUACUACGCGCUGUACAAGGACAUCACCAUCGAAUGCUACAACCCGCCCGAGGGCACCACCGUCGACGGCGACGUGUCCUACGUCUACACCAGCGACACCGGCCUGUCGGACCAGAUCCUCGUGUCCGGCAACAGCACCGUCCUCUACAACCUCGAGGACACGGGCCUCAACAUGACCGCCGGCAAGCAGACGACCGCCACCACCAGCAGCAACGGCACCUCCGAGUCCAGCUCCGGCUCCUCCACCAGCACCAGCUUCAGCGAGGGAACGACCUCCAGCAGCGUCGCGAGCUCAUCCUCGUACGUCCAAGGCUCUUCCCUUGCUGCCCUGAGCGCGGCGAUUCUUUUCAGCUUCUUCUAGGCGAGGAUGAAGUGGACCGUCACUACCCACCCUCCUUUAUUUUUCAUCACCCAGGGGGAUUUCCCCCGCCCCCCCUUAAACCUCUUCUAACCACCUCUUUACGAUCCUUAUAUAUAUACUUUCGAUUCAAGCAUGGCGUGUACGGCGACUUUUCAGAUGAGCCAAUAAACUUGUAUUUAUAUCUUUGAAAGACUAAUG